CUCAGUUGACUAAUGUCAGUGGGAAAUAAACGCAAUUAGAGAAAUGUAAAAAUAAUGCAUUUUCUCUGAAUAUUUCCAAUAAUUUCUAGUGAAAUAGUGUUUUGAUACAUUCUCAGAGGAUGGAAAAGUUGCUGUGGUGUACUAUUAUUGCCCUAGGAUACCUGAGUGUCAAUGUUGAAUGCAACUGCACCAUCCCACUCAUCCUGCGAGGCUCGUGGUUCUCGUGGGAGGUGGGAAAGCCCACGCUGACCGUGCUGGACGCCACGAAGAUGUCAAAGCGGGGCGAAUGUGUGAAUAUGCUGAAGGAUGAGGACAACAAUUACAUGCUGAUCUUCAAGGAUCGCGAAGGGUGCUUCCACUGCGUGAAGGCGCUGCCGCGCACGCUGAAUGUGUUCGAGAAGGUGGAGACGCCGUGCGUGAAUCUGAAGCCGGAUGAGGAGCCCACAGUGGAGCGCGUGUGUCAGGGCAUAAAUGCCGAGCAGCAGCUGAUAACGCUCUUCAAUGAGAACUACAUCCCCAUAAAUUGUCGUUCGUCGCUCGAAGGUGUGUGGCAAUUUGCCUACCAGAAUCGUUUCCGCUUCACCGGCGAAUGCGAUCAUCAGGAUGCGCAGAUUCGCUCCUGCCAGACGGCAGGCACGCAGUUCCUCAUCACCAACCAGAAGUUCAACAUCACGUACAAGCAGUGCAAGGGCAUGGCGGGCACGUUCAACGGCGUGGUGGAGUACAGUUGCCUGGGCGAUUGGUUUGUGGGCAAAAAUCACUACUUUGCCGUGGCCAACACGAAGGAGAGUCGAAAGGAUGAGAAGUAUCGCUGCUUCCUGAAGAAUCGUGAUGACGAUCUGUACAUUGGCGUGUCCAUCACGGCAGAGUGCAACACGCUGAAGACAGUGGAGAAGUCGCCGGAGAGAAUGCGCGUGACGCCCGUGAAGGCCGAAGUUGUGCUGCCCGGUUGUCGUUUGCCGCAGAACUUCAGCGGCGACUGGAUCAACACGGCCAACAUCGAUGCCGAUGUCUUCGUCAACGAGACGCACAUCAUCGAGACUUACUAUCCGGACAAGGCGAGAUAUCGCAGGACGAUUUAUGUGUGUCGCGAGCAGAGAGACACGCGCGUGAUGAUGGCGAGAUUGACGGUGGAUGGUUGCCAGAAGGAUUACGUCUGCUUCGACUUUGUGCCGCGCCAUCACAACAUCAUCCGCUACAGAAGAGGCGUGGCUGUGAUCAUAGACGACUUCAGCACAGUCUGCUCCUGGGUGCAAUUCAAGAACAAGGUUCAGUGGCGAUAUGAUCUCUUCUUGGCCAAGAAUCCUGUUCCCGUGCGCUGUCCAGUGGCGGGCAAAUUCAAUUUCACACAGCGCGGAGAGCAUCCAUUCGUGACGAGAAUCCUGGGCGGUGUGACGCUGAGUCCGCGUCCGGACAUUCACUGCAAGCAGAACAUCUCGGACUUGUCCGUGUGCGAUACGGAUCAGAAGGAGAUGGCCAUCGAUGAGAACUAUUGUCUCUCAGUGGACCACUUGGGGCGUCCUGUGGACAUCUACUCCGAUCCCGAUUACAAGAUGAAGUGCAUUGGCUUCUGGAAGGAGAAUCUCAAAUCCUACCUCAUCACGUACGACGAUCUGGAUCCGCUGUCCAAGUACCGAUGCUGGGUGUAUCAGCGGGCGGAUCUCAAUCGCGUGCUCAUGUCGCAGGCCGUGGGCGCAUUCUGUGACAUCCGGCAGGAUGUGACGUCGUGGAACUACACCGAGGGCGCCGUGGUGUCCGUGGACGCCACGGAGUAUGAGCGAGAGCGCGAUCAGUGCCCAAUGCACUUCGACGAUGGCGAAGAUCCGUGGAUGAAUUCCGAGAACUAUGUGAAGAUCUUUGACUGGGACUUCUACAAGAGCACCUCAUCAGCACUGCACGUGUCCUCUUUCCUCCUCGUGGCGCUCGCUGCCUUUCUAGCGCACUAAUCCGUCCAACUCUACCCCCAAACUAUACUCUCUUUUUUUAGGAUGUAAGACAAGCAAUUGAGAAUCUCAUCGAUCCGUCCAUAUCACAUUCCGGCCAUUUUAUCCAGCUUCUAGAUGUGAAUUUUUGUACUGUAACAUUCGGUAGAAUAAUUGAAAAGUGUUUUGUAGAAUGUACAAAAUCAUGAUGAUUUAAGAAUAAAGUCGAGAUAGAAGGUAAAAA